CUUAAAUCGAAAAAAUGUGUAUUAUGUGAAUAUAUUCGUGUGAAAUAUUCGUUUGACAAUCAUUUUUAACGAUAAUUGAUUUAUGGGGUGGCCAUAAAUAAAACAAACCAAAACAAAAACGAGAAAGAGCGGGAUAGAGAGAAAGAGCAUGCAAUUGAAAAAAUCAUUACCGUGCUGCUUCGAAUGAAUUUUUCACCGCUGUGCAUGCAGAUGAAUUUCCAUUUAAACGGAAAAAUAAAUUACACAAACAUUAAGGAGUCGUGCAUUUCAUGGGCAAUUUUAAUUGCAACAGAAAGAAAAACACACAUAUUCACAUGCACACAUAAAUAUAGAGGGAAAACGAUACAGACCAGUCAAACUAAAUAAACAUCGAACUAAUUUUGAUAUUUAAAAAAAAAUUCACCCAAACAAGCAUAUAGUUUCGGCGGAUGAAAAAAGUUUUUUUUCCAUUAUUAUGAGUUCAGAGGGCAAAUGUCGGAGAUUUGUUUUUUUAUUCUUUCUGCUGAUGUAUAUUUUAAACUGUGUCAAGUGCGUGGCAUAGAUUUUCCAGACGGUGAUUUAUUUAAAUAAUGAGGAAAUACACUUGGUGCAUGAUUCGAAUUUACAUGAAAAAUUCACAUAUAUUGCAAUAAAUAAAUCAGAAAAUAGAGAAAAACAAAAGAACUAAGCCAAAAGAACGAACAACAGAUUUUUAAAUCGAAUUUUCCUUGAAUUCAAAUUAUAUAGUGUGCGCUCGACAACAAACCGUUUUAAAGUUUUUUUUUUAUAAAUAUAUUUUGAGUGUGUGCAUGACUGACGGUUGUCGUCGCCAUUUACGGCACAUACCGCCAUCGUCAUCACAAUUCAACAAGAUAUUAGUUUAUAUUUUUCACCAUCACGGAGAUUGAUCGAUCAGCGAAUGCCGGAAUUUGUUUGCAAAAGUAUUUAAAGAAAAAGUAUUUAAUUAAUUGUGUGAAUCUACGUUAAGUAUCGUUCGACCGAUCUUGUAGUGUGAUAAAUAGUUCAGCUUUAGCAACUAAGACUGCAGAAGAUCAAAAAUCAAAUAAAAUGAGUGGUAUACGUUUUGAUAAUGGAAGCAUCUCGGAAGCAUGCAUGAUUCGCACAAAUACACGCAUCAUCACCAAUUUAUAUGAGGGAAUUCCAGAAACAUUAUUGCUUAACGUAAUCGGUUGGUUGAUUUUGAUAUUGUUGUUUUCGGUGUUGCGACAACAAGCAUGGGACUAUGGCCGAUUGGCAUUGGUCAGCACGAAUGGUGACAAUAAACGAUGGACGCAAAUAUUUUAUGCACCAACGAGUGAUGAAGGUGGCGGCGGAUCAAAUAAAAGGAACGGCAGUGUAAAUCACAAUGCGACAAACGGUAGCACAGCAACGAUAAAUAGCACAGCCAGCAAUGGCACAUCAUCGGCCGGACCGAGCGGCAUGGAUAUGACGAGCGGUAGCAGUAGUACGUCAAUUCAUGAAACAAUUCAACGUAGUUCCAGCCAAAAUACACACAUUCACAAACAACAAUCAAUCGAUCGGGCAUUUCUAUCGUGGCUUCCGGCCACAAUACGAUUGACUCGAGAUCAAAUUCUUGAUCACAGCGGACCGGAUGCGGUUCAUUAUUUAAGUUUUCAACAGCAUUUAAUGUGUCUUAUGGGAAUCAUCACGUUGGUGUCUUUGGUCAUUAUUCUGCCGGUGAAUUGUACGGGAACAUUGGCUGGUGAUAUUUGGUCAUUUGGUCAUUCGACAAUUUCAAAUCUGGAAGCCGAUUCUCUGCUACUGUGGGUGCAUGUAUUCAUUGCAAUUGCUUAUGUACCAUUGGUGGUGCUAAUAAUGCGUCGUACAUCUGGUCGAAAUGCAUUCAAAACGGCUGCAUCACGUACCGUUAUGAUAACAGAUUUAUCGAAAAGUGAUCGAUGCAAAAACAAAGAAGAAAUUUUAAAUUAUUUCCAAGAGCUAUUUCCCGAUAUAAAAAUCGAUGCAUUCGAAUUGGCAUACAAUAUAUCACGAUACACUGAAGUGUGUAAAGAAUUUGAACGCGUAUCAGAUGCACGAAUUUAUUGUGAAAUGCAUAAGAAUCAUCGGCCAGUGCGGGCAAUGCCACGUUUAUGUUCAUGUCAAACGGUCGAUGGUUUAGAAUAUUACAAAGAUAUGGAAGAACGUUUACGCGGUGAAGUGGCCAGAUUGAGAGCGCAUGCAAUGAAUGAACCGGUCGGUAUUAUCUUUUUAACGGUGAACACAACAGAUGUUGCAAAACGUAUUAUUGGACAAUUUAAGGGCAUCAGCAAUAAAGACUGGAAUUUAAGCUAUGCACCAUCACCGGCCGACAUUUUUUGGGAGAAUUUGAAUAUACCGGCACAUAAAUGGUAUAUCAAAUGGACCAUUGUCAAUUUGAUUUUGUUUUCGUUUUUAUUCUUUUUAACAACGCCCGUGCUUAUUGUCAAUUUAUUCGAUAAAAUUACAACGAAAACAAAAAAAAAUAUGGACACAAUUAGCCCAUUGAUAUCGGAAUUUUUACCAACAUUGUUACUUUGGACAUUGGCCGCUCUGUUGCCGGUUGUUGUAACAUUUUCCGAUAAAUGGCUAUCACAUUGGACCCGCUCCAAACAAAAUUAUUCAAUCAUGACAAAAACAUUUAUCUACUUGCUGUUUAUGAUUUUGAUUUUACCAUCAAUGGGUAUGACCAGUGCUCAAGCGUUUGUUGAAUGGACGAUUCAACACAAUGCGAACGAUACAUAUCAUUGGGAAUGUAUAUUUUUACCCGAUAAAGGUGCAUUUUUCGUAAAUUAUAUCAUAACAGCUGCAUUUAUUGGAACAGCAUUGGAGCUACUACGAUUUCCUGAGCUCAUUGUUUAUAUGUAUCAAUUGUGUGUGGCCAAAUCACGGGCCGAAACAUCACACAUUCGAAAAUCAAUUCUUAUCGAAUUUCCGUUUGGCAUUCAUUAUGCAUGGACGGUGCUGGUUUUUACAAUGUCAACCAUUUACAGUGUUAUUUGUCCCUUGAUUAUGCCAUUUGCAAUGAUUUAUAUUGUUUUAAAGCAUUAUGGUGAUCGACACAAUUUAUACUUUGCAUAUGGACCAAGUAAUAUGAUUAGCCAGAGCGGAGGUCGUAUUCAUUCAACAGCUGUUACCAUGACAAAAUGUUCGGUGGUUUUAUUGCUUGUAAUUUUGGCUGGCUUGUCAUCGGUGCGUGGUGGCCGAGUAGAUGCACGUACCAUUGUCUUAGUUAUUGCCUUAUGUGUAACAUUAACCCUGUUCACAUUUAUGUCGCCAAUUAAGAAGUGUACAACGCGACGACCAAAUAUUCAUGAAAUUGAUGGGCCAGCACCGGUGUACGUGGCACCGGUGUUACGCAAUAGGCGCUUAGAAUUAGCAAUUAAACAACAUCAAACACCGACACAUGCCAGCUUUGGUUCAGAUGAAGUCGACAUCGAUGAUAUUAUAAUAAACAAUAUGGGCGAGGAUUCGCCAAUACGAGGCAAUCGAGUUCGCAACAUUCAUACGUAAUUUCAUAUAUGUAGACAUAAAAUAUAUAAUUGUACACUAGCAUUCAUGCAUCGAGAUUAAUAAUAAUAAUGAUAAUAAUCGACGCGCCGUGUAGGUCCCUCCACCCUCCCAGCAAAAAGCUAAACUUACAUUUUAAUUUAAAGAAUGUUUUAAGGGAAAAUUAACAUAGUGAUAACUUAUGAGACAACAUUUUCGUUUAUUGCAGAAUGUGUUGUGUCCGAAAAAGAACCGAAAAUAAUUUGCUACACAAUCGUCUUUGAUACUGAUUUUUUACAUGUAUAUCAUAGUGUAUUAAAUUAUUACUUUUUUUUAUUUGUUUUCUGUGUUGGUUGAUUAUGUAUGUUUUUCAAUAGGAAUUGAAAAAAAACACAUCCACAUUUAUUGCUGAUAAUGCCUUAUAAAUUUAUCCUGAAUCUCGACUCAAUUCCUCUCUACUUAAAAAAAAGGAUGUUACGUUCCCCACUGAAAAUUAAAAAAAAAAAUAGAAAAAAUAUAUAUUGAUAGAAACACGUGUAAAUAAUUUUUGCAAAUAUUGCAGCGAUAGCAGCUAAUAUAUAUAGUUUUGUAUAAUAUCUAUGGGUAAAGAAAAGCAUACCAUUUUUGUAAGGUCGGAGACUGUACCCACUAAUAAAGGAGUGAAAAAAACGAUGAAUAAAUGUUUUCAGCAGAUGCAUGUCUCCAUUUUUGCAUUCAUACACAAUCUCCGGUCGAAAAAAUGGUUAAAAAGACAGACCCUUCACCCAUAGUCGUGUACAUUGAGUUAUUUUAAUUUAGAUGCAGAUUUUUUUUCGUCACCGUUUGUUUAAUGUUUAAUUUAUUUCACACGGCGAUUAAACAAUCAAAUCUAAUUUAUUUAUUGACUUGCCGAAUAAUUUAUGAACAUGAAAAAAGACACCAACACAUACACGAAAAAAAGAGAAAAACUCGUAAUGCAUGUUAUUAAAAUAUGUAUAUAACUAUUUAUCAAUUAUUCAAAUCUCGUGUCCAAAUACAAUACACCCCAUAGUACAUAGUCCGCACUUUUCCUACCACAUUUAUUUUCAUUUCAUUUUAAAAAAAUACUUAAUUAAAACCACAUACACGAGAGUGCAAACAUUUGCAAAAUCUUAACAUUUAUAAAGUAUUUAGUUGAAUCAAUUAAAUAAAAAAAAAAUGGAGAUCGAAAACGGUGCAAUGUUUUGAAACAUGAAAAUUCCAGUAAUUUAAAUAAUUAGUAAUAAAAUAAUCCACCGCAUUUUCAAAUUUUUGCACAAGACUUAAGCAAAAAAUUAAAAAUGAUGAAAAUAAAAAAAAAUAAUUUUGAAGGAAAAUCCAAAAAAGUGCGGGCUAAUGUAGUAAACAAUGUAGUGAAUAAGAGCACGCAAAAAAAAAAAAA